AUUCGCCGGUUGGUUUGUCUAAAUCCGUGCAAUUUGAUUUGGUAAAUGUUAUAAUGUCGUUUUAAUCAUUUAGCGUUCCGUGAUUCGCGUCUGUGCUUGUCAGAGGGGAUAACAAUGGUGGCGUUGUAGAUAGUUUGUCACACUGUCUGGCCUUGCUUAUUCACGUAUACAUCUGUAUAUAUACAUUGCACAUCUAUCGGGUGGUUCGUGACUUGGUUCACUGAGUGUAAUCGUGCCCAGUUUAUCAGCCUGGGUCAUACAGCUGGGGUAGUCACUCAAACAUGAUAAACGUGAGGAGCAUUUCCAUUUAUGUAUGAAGCAAUUCUACACAGUUCCCAGCACUUGAACAGUCAACACAGCUGUAUGACGUACGGUGGCCUGUUAAAGCAGUGACUGAUAUAAUGAGCAACGAUUCACCCCGUCAGAUGGAUAGGGAGGGAAUAUACUCCUGGGUUGUGCUGGGUGCUUCCUUCACCACUAUGCUGAUUGGCCCCAGUCUCACCUACGCUACUGGCGUAUUCCACGUCGCCAUGUUGAAAGAGUUUAACGAGGACUUGGUUCUUACUACCUGGGUAGGAUCGACCUUUGGCUGCAUGUUCGCCCUGGCAGGUCCAAUUGCCAGCUUAAUAAUCAACGUGUCUGACUGUAGAACGUGUGUGGUGAUGUCUGGUGUCUUGAUGAUGACUGGGUUAACGACAAGUUUUCUGGUGACUGACAUCAGAUUGCUUUUUCUGACCGUGUCCUUAGUUGCAGGUUUGGGCAUGGGACUGGCAGGAACUGGAGCAAUAGUUGUUCUUGGAUACUACUUUCCGAAAAAUGCUGCCAUCGCUUCAAGUAUUUGCCUCACCGGAGCAGGAUUAGGAAUAUUUAUCCAUCCAACGCUGGUUCAGUUUCUUCUUGAGAAAUACGGAUUUCAUGGAGCCUAUCUUAUAACAGGAGGAAUAACAUUUCACGCCUGUGCAGCCGGCAUGCUGAUGCGUCCUGCUGUAACAGAGCGGUGGAGACAACAACACAUUUUGGGUGGUCAAACUCUAAGACAAAAGAUUACGCUUUCGAUGUGUGGAACCUCGACGAUGAUUGUCAGUGUCAUUCAAAACGUAUCAUUCAUACUUUUUGUGGCCAGCAUUUUGUGUUUUUCUCUUGGUGUGUCAACGCAAUACCAAUUUCUACCCGAAUUUUUCAUAUCACAAGGGUCUACGUUAGAAAAAGCAUCGCUUGUUGUCUCGGUUUCCGGAAUAGGAAGUAUUCUCUCGCGAAUUCUCGUUGGAUUUGCGGCGAGUGAGGAGAAGAUUGGAAGUGCCACACUAUUUUUCUCCAUCAAUGGGAUCAUGGCUAUUUUCACGUUCUUUAUACCACUGUUCAAAUCAUCAACUUAUGCACGAAUAGCAUAUGGAUUUAUUCUCGGAUUAUAUACGGGAGGUGUGUGGGUUCUUAUGGCCACUUUGACUCUGGACAUUCUUGAUCUUCACAACUUUGCGACAGGCGUGGGUAUAGGAAGGUUUUUUUGUGGCGCUGGCUUCUUGGUUGGUCCUCCCAUUGCUGGGACUCUGGUGGAAAGAAGCGUCACUAACUACAGUGCAUUUCUGUUUUCCGGUGCGAUGUUCUUCUCGGCCACUGUGUUUGGGUUUCUAUCAACUCUAAAGAGGAGGGCUCGGGACCCCUCCAAGGACACACGACAGGACACAGGACAUGUUUCUGAAGCUUUAGUUACAGCGAGUGAGUGAGUGAGCCUGGGUUGUGUGCUGCUUUAACAGUACAGUGAUUGCGAAGAAUAUUUGCUCUUCUGGCAAGCGGCAAUUUUUUUAAAGUUUGGGCCACCGAUCCAAACGAGAGAGCCAAAUCUAAAUAAUGAAAUUAAGAGACACGAACCACAGUUUACUAUUCUUUAGUUACCAAGUCUCAUUUAUGUAAUACUUAAGACAUCUGAGAUAUAUCAAUAUUAGGUUUCUCUCACAUUUGACGAGUCAAUGACACAAUGAGUAUGAAUGCAAUUUCCGAAUAUUAUAUGAGAGGAACUUAUGUCGUAAAACUUACACUAUUCAGUCACUAUCAAUCCAUGAUGAUGAUAUGGUUACUACCAGAUAUAGAUGUCAUGUAAACAGUCUACUGCAGUCCAUAGCCUGGUUAGGUUCAAGUUUCAAGGAUUCAAGGAUGUUAUACUUGCCUUUUUACGGACAUCUGGUAGCAUCACUAUUUGAUAAUGAUACAGAAGCACAUGCUCAUAAUAUAGUCGGAAUCGUACAAUUGACUCUGCUUUUAGCCGAGAUGACGUAUGAUUAUGGAAAUGUUUUUAUGUUUUUUUGGACAAUCCAGGAUAUGUACUUGGGUAACACCCGGUUGAGGUAAUUCUUCUUAGAUGACAUUAUUGUUACAAUACCGUGACGUUGUAAUUGCGUUAGGGCGUCCCUGCUACAGUUACCUAAACGUAUUGCCAUUUCGUGUCGUCAUGGUCACUUUGAACCAUGCCUCUGCAACCCGCCUGGUCGGAAGAGGGUAACCUGAGUCAAGGAGUGACAGAAACACCUUAACAAGUCCUCAUCAAGGUCCAUGUACCGGCAUGCUCACAUACAAGAAAGAAACGCAACACAAGGCUUUAUACUCACAUAUUUGUACUUACUUCACUUACUCUUCAGUCCAUCUAUCAAUACACGACAGGAUCAGACCGAUGAGGCUGGUCACUGAGUGGGGAACUUUGGACGACCGGGGUUCGACUCUAUCGACUGUAGGACCGCGCACUGCGCUGCUAAUAUAUCAUUUUAUUUAUAAUCAUUUUGAAGUGUUCUGACCUGUCUUUGUCACAUGUCCUCAUAGAUCAUUUAAGUCCAAUAUCAUACCAUGUGCCUUGUUUGUCAACUAUGGAAUCUACUAACCGAUGAAAGAUCUCUAUUGAUUGAACUGCUACAACACCGAAACCAUCCCGAAAAUAUCCUGAAAAUGUCAUCGCCAUAUUCAUUUGUGUGCGCCAACUCGGCGGCUUUCUGACUCCCUCGUGAUAAAGCAAUAACCAACAAUUUAAAGGUUGACUUUUUUAUAAUUUUCUAAGUUCAUGGGGAUUCAUGUUUACCUUAAAACAGUAGUUCGUGGCCUCAUUCAUGUACAGCCUCCGACUAUCGUCCUCCAACACACAAGGUAUUUAUUGUAAUGUUACUCAGAAUACGUUCGCAUU